AUGCGCGCGCGCGCGGGCGACGACGCGAGCGCGGACGUGCGAGAGGAGGAAGACUUCGAGGUCGACGACGCGAUGGACGACGCGAGCGACGACGAGAGCGAUGACGAGAGCGGUGACGAGAGCGACGAGAGCGACGACGACGCGAGCGACGACGACGACGACGACGACGACGACGACGGUGAAGACGACCGCAGCGUUCGUCGCGACCGUUGGGACGAGUUUUAUCGGCUCAGAUCCAUGAUCGACGACACCGACGAGGGCCGCGUCGCGCGAGCGAUGGCGCUGAGAGCCUUCCAGGACGAGGUUCGAGCGAUGUACGCUCCCGAGAACCUUCAUAGCGGUGAGUCGGAUAGCGACUACGAGAACGGAAACGAGAGCGUGAGCGUGGACUCGGGAAUGUUUCACGAGGGAGAGUCGUCGGAGGACGAAGUCGACGACGAAGUCCCCGCCGGGCCGUUCGUGACGUACGGAGACUACCAGGAUCUUCGGAGGUUGCAUGAACAGUACGACCAUUGUGAGGAACGGUUGCGUAUUGGGGGGAAUAAGGAUGAAUUUCAUCAUCAAGUCGCGGAUUGUCUGUGCGCGUUUCCGCGCCAUCGACGAUUGGCGACCAAGUACUUGUCGCACUCGGAACGGACAAAACCGCGCGCGAUGGAUAGGCGCGAAUUCUACGAGGACUAUACGUGCUCCGAUCUAAAGUAUUUUGUCUCUGGAGAGGCUGUCAUGCUACGUAACGGAUUCAAGCUAGCUGCGCACACCAACGAACCGAGAUACAGCGACGACGAUCGCGUUCCGUUUACAGUGUAUAGCAUGGCGUACGACGAGGAGUCACGCACCCUCGCGGUGUGCGGGACGGGAUCACAAAAUACGCGCGCGUACAACGUCAUGGUAUACCGUUGCGAGCAGAGCGAGACGGAUACAGUGGUCGAGCGUAUCGAAGAAGACAUGGGUGGUUUGAUGGCCCUCGCCCAUAACCCUGGGCGAGUUUGGUCGAAUGGGCAGCGCGAGGUUGGAGCGAUGUGGAAGGACGACGACCCGGCGUGGGAUUUCGUUCAACUCUGCAAGGCUAACAUUGGCUUCGAAUAUGGUCACGAUGAUUAUUCGGACGACGACGACUACGAUCCUUUCCACGAAGACUCCAUGCACGAGGUCGAACAGGCAAAUUGUGUUCGAUUCGGCUGGUUAGAGGACCCUAGAGAACCCGGAAAACCGCGCGAGUUGCGCCUCAUUCUUUCGAGCAAUGACGGGCACGUAUACGUGUGCCGUUUAGAUGAAAAUGACCGUGCCAUCCUAGGAGCUUCACCGUACAAACUGGAGAAAGACUUCGUUAUCGACAACCCAGUGCCCGUGAACUGUGCAGUGGCAUCGCCGUGUGGCAAGUUCAUAGCGUUUUCGGGUGACUCACACUAUGUCUGCUUGAAGGAAUUCAGUCUGAGAGAGGCAGGGGACGAUGGUUUAGCGGUAUACUGUAGAUGCAGUGAGUCAGGCAGCAGAUCGGCGAGAUCAUAUGUCGACGCCGGCGCCGAGUAUAGCUUUCGCAUUCCAUGUGCUGAUGACAACGAUGAAAGGAUGAGUAGCCAGUACUUGACGUAUAGCGGAGACGGUCGUUACUUGGCGGCAACGAGCGAUGCAUACCACUCUGUCACGGUUUGGCGCGUUGAGAACGUGAUCGGUUAUAGAGGCGAGGCAGUAGACGGCAUUUACCCGAUCGCACACUUCUACGCGUGUACAUAUGCGUGCUUACCGGUGACUUUUUCAAUUUCGAACCCAUCCAUCAUGAUUUGGGCAGAGCGCGGGGCGAAGUUGCACGUGUUUGACUGCGCAGAGGCCGAGGAACACCGCGAGGAAAUGCUCAACAUAAGAGACGAUUUCCUGGAAAAGUUUGGAUCUGAGGCGGAGCUUCGCGAGCGUCUGCGACGCGAAAAAGCAUCAUUCACGAAAGAACACGACGGCCGCGAUGAUUAUUUCUUUGGCUCUGCAGAGCCCACUAGUAAGGAUUACGCCGAUCCGGAUGCUCUAGCAAUGUGUGCGUUUGUCGACAUGACGCGGAAGUCACGAUUGCAAGCGGGGUGGUACAAACCAAAUCUAUCGCUCCGCGAACGCUACGAAGUUUGGCGCAACAGCUUGGUCGACAAGAACACUGGCAAGCACUUCUCCAUUCAAACAAUACGUUACGGUGUGCAUAGAACGUUCAUCACUGGGCUAAGCGUAAGUCAAGGCGUACCGAUCCAAAAGGAAAGCGAUGUGUCGAUGGACGAGCAUGUCUCGGAUGUAAUCUUGUACUCGAGUGGUACCGCCGUGCACAAGCUAGAGUUGCAAACGGGACUGCGCCGAGACAUGAAAAACUUUCAAGAUUUCUCACGUUCUUUCCAGCGCGCCGUGGUAGCAUUUUUGCUUUGCGUCAAACGUAGUCGCCGAAAUUCGAGUGGAGAUAUUUGUCUCGCCGAUUUGCCGAGCGAUGUGAUUCGCGACAUCAUCGCGAAGAUGGCGAUGCCAGUGUACAAAUGGCGACAGAAACCUCACGUUCGGUGA